AUGUCUAAUACGAAUGCAAAUGUACGAUCUGUGCGCGAUAAAUUUCUGCAACAACAACAACAAGUAAAUCAAUAUGAUAAUACGAUAAAACAUCAACAAGAACAAAAACAUGAUAUUUCAUUUCAAUGUAUUCAUUGUGGUAAACAUCAAACAGUCAUUUUUCUGUUACAACCAAAUUUAAUUAAAGACAUCGUUCAAUCACCAGUUCCUGAAUAUGAUCCAGUUUAUCGAUCAAAAUCAAUAGACCGAGAUAAUCGACCAUCCAUAUCACCACGACAAGUAUCAAUCAUAAGUGAAGAACAAGAUGAAUUAACACCGCAGUUACGUCAAUCUAAUUAUGCGUUGGAUUUUCGUCAUUCUAGUGAAAAUAUUACGCGACCAUCUGCUGUUGAACAAAAUAUUAAAGGAUUUGUUAAUAAUUGUGUUCGUUCAAGUCUUCAUGAUAUUUCACAAGGAAAUAAAGAUAAUAAUAAUACCCAAGAAAUUGUUGAAAUUGAUAUUGAAUACGAUCCAAUAUUGGGUAAUAUUAAAUCAACAAGAAAACGUUCAAGUACAUUAACUACAAAUCUUGAUAAUGAUUAUCAUUCUUCAACCAAUCGUCCUCAAUCUGUAAAUAGUAGAUAUAAAUUAAUAUCAUCUGAUGCCAAUCGUGAUACAGCACCAAUAUGGGCAAGACGUCGAAUAUCUCAUUCAACUGUUAAACCAUCAGAUCUUAUCCGAGAACAUGAUAAAAAAGAAAAAUUAGAACCUACUGCAUUACGACGUUUAUCACGAGCAGAUCUUGUUGAUGAUAGUGUCAUACCAAAUUCUACAAUAAAACCUAAAAUUAUUAGUCUACAAAAUCCAACAAUGAUUAAAGAUAUAAUUUUACGUUGGUGUCAAGAUCUAACACAAUUUUAUAAAGGUGUUAAUAUUCGAAAUUUUUCUUCAUCAUGGAAUGAUGGUUUAGCAUUUUGCGCUAUUAUUCAUCGAUAUUUUCCCGAUGAAUUUAAUUUUGAAACAUUAAAUACACAUGAACGUCGACAAAAUUUCGAUUUAGCUUUCACUGUUGCCUUAGAACGUGCUGGUAUAGAACCACUAAUUGAUACAGAUGAUAUGAUAUACAUGGGUGAUAAACCUGAUUGGAAAGUUGUUUUUACUUAUGUUCAAAGUUUAUAUCGUAAUCUAUCACGUAUACAACCACCAGCAAUAAUGCGUGAACGUUGGUGA